AUGGCGCGCGCUGCCCACGCGGUGUCCCUCCCUCCUGCGCUCGGUGCUCAGCCGCCGCAGUGCUCGCGCGGCGAUUCGGCCCCACAGAAGCUCCAGCAAGCGCCGCUCGCUGCGCCCCGGCACCCUCGGGCGGCCCCAGGGGGAAGCGGAGCUUUGCGCAGGGCGGCCGAGGCGAUGAGGACGAUGAGCUCCCCGUGGGCUCGGUUCUACUCCAACAGCUGCUGCCUGUGCUGCCAUGUGCGCACCGGGACCAUCAUCCUCGGCGUCUGGUACCUGAUCAUCAAUUCAGUGGUACUGCUGAUCCUGCUGAGUGCCCUGACUGAUCCCGACCAGUACCACUUACCAAGUGCUGAAUUAGGGGGAGAAUUUGAAUUUAUGGAUGAUGCCAAUAUGUGCAUUGCCACUGCAAUUUCUCUCCUUAUGAUUCUGAUCUGUGCGAUGGCUACAUAUGGAGCAUAUAAGCAACAUGCAGCCUGGCUCAUCCCUUUCUUCUGUUACCAGAUCUUUGACUUCGCCCUCAAUACACUGGUUGCCAUCAGUGUGCUUGUUUAUCCAAACACAAUUCAAGACUAUCUACGACAGCUGCCUGCUAACUUUCCCUACAAGGAAGAGAUUAUGGCAGUAAAUCCUACUUGUCUAGUUGUGAUUAUUCUACUCUUCAUAAGCAUCAUUCUGGCUUUCAAGGGUUAUCUGAUUAGCUGCGUAUGGAACUGUUACCGGUACAUUAAUGGCAGAAACAACUCUGAUGUGCUGGUGUACAUUGCUACCAAUGACACUGCGGUGCUGUUGCCGCCUUAUGAAGAUCCUGCAAAUGCAGCUGGUAAAGACCCACCACCACCUUAUGUAUCAGCAUAA